AUGACAGCCGUCGAUCCUCCCGCGCUUGUCCUCUUCCAAGAGGAGUCCGCCAUCGCCCGCGCCGUCAAGGAAUGCGCCAGGCUCAAAGAUCUCUCCAAGGCUCGCCGAUUGGAAUCGCUCGUCCAGCGCAGCGAGGAGCAUGGAUCCAGCAGAUACCUCGCGAAUUUGCUGGUGGAGAUGUUUGGGAAAUGCGGCAGCGUGGAGGACGCGCGCGCCGUUUUCGACCGGAUCGAGCAGCCCAAUGUCUUUUCCUGGAGCAUCCUUCUCACGGCAUAUGUCCAGAACGGCGAUCUGCGAGAGGCGGAGAUGGUCUUCGAUCGAAUGCCCGAUCGCAAUGUCUUCUCCUGGACGACCAUGAUCACUGGCUACGCUUCCAGUGGCGAUGUCGAUCGCGCGAAGAAGAUCUUCGACCGGAUGCCAGAGCCCAAUGUCGUCUCCUGGACGGCGAUGCUCACAGCGUACUCGCAGAACGGGCUCAUCAAGGAAGCGGCCGAUCUGUUCGAAUCCAUGCCCGAGAGAACGAUCGUCUCGUGGAACGCGAUGCUAGCGGCGUUCGCCAAGAAUGGAUUCGUGGACGAGGCAAGAAAACUCUUCGAUUCAAUGAAGCUGCGAGACACUGGAUCUUGGAACAUCAUGCUCGCAGCAUAUGCCCAGAGUGGGCAUCUUGGAGAGGCCGAUAAGAUCCUCUCUCAGAUGCUCGAUGUGGAUAUGGUUUCCUGGAACACGAUGAUAGUCGCGUAUGGAAACACUGGAGACAUGGCUAUGGCUAGAAAGAUGUUCCAGGAGAUGCCCAGGAGAGAUGUGGUUACUUGGAACUCAAUGAUCGCGGCAAGCUCCGCGAAUGGGCAUUUGGAGGACGCGCGUUUCUACUUCGAUUCGAUGCCACAGAGGGAUUCCGUGUCGUGGAACACGAUGAUCAAGGCGCUGGGCCAGCACGGCUAUGUGGAAGAAGCCUACGCUCUCUUCAAAUCGAUCCCACAGAAGAACUUCCUCUCGUGGGUCGUGAUUCUCACGGUUUACGCGCAAAGAGGCCGGAUUGCCGACGCGAGAGCUAUCUUCGAUCGAAUGCCCAAGGAGAAUCUCAUGCCUUGGAACAUCAUGGUGGCAGCGUACGUAGAGAGCGGCCUCGUCGACGAGGCCAAGGAGUUUUUCGACCAGCUCAUGCCGGAGCACAACGUCGUGUCUUGGAACGCGCUCAUCGCUGGCUACGCUCACCAGGGACGAGCGAACGAAGGAAAGCGGCUCUUUGAUUCGAUGAUGGAGAAGAACCUCGUCACUCGCAACGCUCUUCUGCUGGCUUACACCGAAGCUGGCGAUGUCCGAGCAGCAAAAGAGUUUUUUGAGACCAUGCCCGAGAGAGAUGUCGCGUCUUUCACGACGCUCAUCGCAGGAUAUGGCCAGUCGGGCGACUUCCAGGCGGCAAAACGAGUCUUCGAUCUUCUUCCACAGCCGGACAUGAUUUCGUGGAGCACCAUGAUCGCAGUUUACGCGCAGAAUGAUCAACUCGCUUUAGCGGAGAAGAUGUUCCACGCCUUGCCCGAGUGGGACGUGAAAGCUUGCAACGCGAUUAUAGUCGCUUACGGGCAGCACAACGAGCUGGAGAAGGCGAUCUUCAUGUUCGAGACGAUGCCCAAGAAGGAUAUCGCGUCGUUCAAUGCGAUGGUUACUGCGUUUGCUCGAUACGGUCACCUGGAAGAAGCCCGAGUUUUGUUUGAGAGGAUGCCGAGGAGAGAUAGAGUCUCGUGGACAGCUCUCGUCUCCUCGUACGCUCACGCAGGUCACCUCUGGACUGCUCGAAGUUUGUUCGAGAGAACUCUCGACCGGGACGUGAUCAUCUGGAACUUGAUCAUCUCGGCUCUCGCAUCCAGCGUGCAGUUCCAGCAGGCGUUUGAGAUCUUCCGGGAGAUGAGAAUGGAAGGAUUCAAGCCGGACGAGACCACUUUCAUCGGGCUCUUGAGCGGUUGUAGCCAUGGAGGCCUGCUGGAGGAGAGCUUGGCUUAUCUCAUGUCGAUGCAAGGCGACCAUGGAUUGACGCCAUCCUCGGAGCACUACUCCUGCUUCAUCGACAUUCUGGGACGAGUCGGACAGCUGGAGAGGGCCGAGGACGUGAUCUUCAACACGAAAGUUGCUCCAGUCGCGGUGAGAACGCUCUUGAGCGCCUGUAACGUUCAUGGCGAUUCUCGUUUUGGGAGCCGAGUUGCCGGACGAGCUCUCAAGCUCGAGGAUGACAGCAGUGUCGCCUAUAUCCUCCUCUCCAACAUCUAUGCCGCUGCCCCGACGUGAAAACUUCUGAAAGAAACUUGGAAGCGAUGGAUCCAUUGAUAGAUAGAUCUCGCCACCUCCAAUCGAAGUUUCGUUUUGCCUUUUCUAUUCGAAACUGUAGGUGUGAUUUCUUGAAGCUUUGCUAAUCUGAGCUUCGCCAACACGGAAAGGAGGAUUGACGCAUCAGGAAACUUGAUAAGAGUUUUUGCAUGGAGUAAUCGUCACACUUGGCUCGACUUUAUAUACAGGCUUUCUCCAACAAUACAAAUCGACCUUGUACUA